CGGAAACAUAGUUUCACGUUCAGCUUUUUUUUGACGUCGGCUAAUCACUUCCGGUCUGAACGUUGCUCGUUGGAGAACACCGAUGAACUGUCAGGGUGAUUGUGCAGCUCCAAUGAAGGUUUUAGUGACAGGAGGGUCGGGUUUGGUGGGAAGGGCCAUACAACAUGUGGUUAAAGAGGAGGAAAGCGCCAAGGAGGGAGAAGAAUGGAUAUUUAUGUCCUCCAAAGAUGCCAACCUCAUGAACAUGGAGGAGACACGGGCUGUGUUUGAGAAACAUCGGCCGACCCACGUCAUACACCUGGCUGCUAUGGUGGGAGGGCUUUUCAAGAACAUGAAGUACAACCUGGACUUUUGGAGAAACAACAUCUACAUCAAUGAUAACGUGCUGCAGGCUGCACAUGAAGUGGGUGCAGUCAAGGUUGUUUCCUGUUUAUCCACCUGCAUCUUUCCUGAUAAAACAACGUAUCCCAUUGAUGAGACAAUGAUCCACAAUGGUCCACCUCAUGAGUCCAACUUCGGUUAUGCCUACGCAAAACGGAUGAUUGAUGUUCACAACAGGGCUUAUUUCCAGCAGUACGGACGUUGCUAUACAGCUGUUAUUCCCACAAAUGUUUUCGGUCCUCAUGACAACUUCAGCAUAGAGGAUGGCCAUGUGCUGCCAGGCCUCAUACAUAAAGCAUACAUUGCUCAAAAGGAGGGGAAACCUCUCAUGGUCUGGGGAUCUGGCACUCCCAGACGACAGUUCAUCUACUCUUUGGACUUGGCUCGUCUCUUCCUCUGGGUCCUGAGGAAGUAUCCUGAAGUUGAUCCAAUCAUUCUGUCUGUUGGUGAAGAAGAUGAAGUGUCCAUCAAAGAAGCAGCAGAUGCAGUUGUGGAAUCCCUCGGCUUUAAAGGAGAAGUAGUUUAUGACACCAGUAAAGCAGAUGGCCAGUUCAAGAAAACAGCCAGCAAUGCAAAGCUGCACCAGUACCUGCCAGACUUCAAGUUCACACCCUUCAAACAAGCUUUAAAAGAAACCUGUGAUUGGUUUGUCGCCAACUAUGACACAGCACGGAAGUGAAACAUCAAAUGAACAAGUUGACACCAAAUCUGCCCGUCCCAUUCUGUUUGAAGCUGAUGGUGCCAACAGGUGGAGGGACUGGGAGAGAAGCAGUGCUUCAUCUCCACAGGCAGAAGGCUCAUCAGGAAAUAUGCCAGUUUGAGCCUCAUGGUCACUCAAGUGGUCUUAUUAAACUGUUACAUUGCAUUCAAGUUUGCUCGGUCAUUGCAGACCAGUUUCUCUUUUGGUUUGAGGGGAAAAAAAAUACAGUCACUGUGAUUUACUUAUGUUGAUUUUUUUACUUUAUCCAUGUUAAAUCACUUAAACUAGUAACUGUUUAUCUUAAAAUCCAGGUGGUGGCACAACUUAGUAUUCCAGCAAUCACUGUCUUUUUAAAUCUGUUUUCGGUUUUCCUAAAUAAUUGAAGGGUUUAGGAUUUGUAAAUUUAAAUAUCAGGACGUACACCACAGAGAUAUUUGACUUCUGGGUGAAAUUUUACAGAAAAUGUAAAGUUCAUGCUACACGGAUAUGAAUGAGGGCCAUUAAGUUGUUGCACAAUGGUAAUUUCUUCAUCUCAUGCCAUUUAUUGAAAUACAAGCAAACAGUGGUGGGAAGAGUGCAACGUCAAGAGCCUGUCAUGUGUCAUUAGUCUGUUAAGAGGACUGUUUAAAUACAAGCUGUCAUUGAAGCAGAAGGUUCAGCAGUCAUCGUUCAGACACAUUUUAAUGGUUUAUCACCUUAUUAGAGAACAGUAUGUUGUGGAACAAGUACUUAAACAUUUGCACAUGCACAUUAAA